AUGGAAAAUAUUUCUCAAGACUCUUUUGUAAACAUAUACUGCAUACCUUCAUCAGCACAAAAAUGAAGUGACGAAAAUCAACUAAGACCAAGUAUUCCUUCUUUAAAAAGUCUAAAAAACUCAAAACAUCCGACUUGGAAAUCAGACUCUACUUCAGUAAGCAAUAAUUUCUUUACCAAAUCGAAUUUAAUUACAGGAGACAGUGAUAUUGAUACAAUUGGCUUAAAAUUAGAUUAUAUUUCUAUUGAAAAAUCAUAUAAGUCUCGUGAGCCAUUCUCCAGUAAUAAGAUAGAAUCAGCUAAAUGCUUAGUAGACCAGCUUAAGCUGAAAAAAGAAAGAUAUGAGACAGUUAAAGAAUAUUUUGAGUCAUUGAAAGCUCAGCUAAAGGACUCUGCCAAAGUUUUGCUGUCUGAGCUAGAAACCAAAAGAAAUGCUUUGAUAUCUGAAAUUUCUUUUAAAUUUAACCAGGCCGCAAAUGAGCUGAAAAAUGAGGAAAGAAAAAAAGCGGAAUUUCUGGCAAAAAUAGAAAUAGACGUAAAAGAAAAAAUAAAUGAAAUUGAAAAUGUGAUAGACAGGGUGCAAAGUAGGUUAAAUUCUGAUAAAAAAAUCUGAAAUGAAAAUAUAGCUUUAGAAGCAAAAGAAGUGUUGCAGAAACCUAUUAAAGAAUACAAUGUAAGUAUUGAUAUCACAAAAAUCAAUUUUCCGAAUUUUAGCUGAAAAUUUUCAAAUGAUGAGAAAUUCUCAGAAUCUUUGCACAGCACAAUUAAUAAAAAUCCAUUUAAUGGAGUUAUCCCAUUUUCUGAAGUCGUUUAUAACUCUCAAGCUAAUACGCCUAUAAAGAACAAAAAACGGCUCAGCAAUUUGUCUACUCAAGACAAAAGCUUUGUAGAAAUAUCUGAUAUAAAAACAACUGAGAAAAAGAAAACAAAGCAUAAAGAGCAUAGGAGGAUGCUCAGCAUUCAGCCAAACAUAGAAGCACAUAAGAAAGCUAAAAGAAUAAAAAUUUCGUCUUUGAUUUCUGAAGAAAAGGUUCCAUCGCUGAAGCAUAACCAAAUAGCUGUGUAUAUUCCUCAUGGCUAUCCUGAGUAUUCAUGCUAUUAUCUCCUUACAUGUGAGCCUAAUAUUGAUUCCCGAGAAAUUAUUUCAUCACUUUCCUCACAUAUAGGAAGCAAUGAAAAAUACACUCUUCAUGUCAAAAACUCUCCAAGCCAAGACUUAAUUGAGCUAAAACCUUAUGAAUGUCCAUUAUUAAUGUACCACAAAUCUCAGUUUUCAGAUUAUCCAAGACUAUAUUUGGAGAGACAAUAA